AUGGCCGGAGGUCAGCUCCAAGUGCUCGGGCCACUCGACCUUGCCAAGACGCGGUGGUAUCACUUCACGGCCACCGUCAUUGCUGGCAUGGGCUUCUUCACCGACGCCUACGAUCUCUUCUGCAUCUCCCUCGUCACGAAGCUCCUUGGCCGCAUCUAUUCCUUCGACCCCAACUCGAAAUCGCCCGGGACGCUCCCGCCCAAUGUGUCUGCUGCCAUCACCCGCGUGGCCUUCUGUGGUGCCCUCUCUGGCCAGCUCUUCUUCGGGUGGCUCGGCGACAAGCUCGGCCACAAGAAGGCGUAUGGCAUGACACUCAUGCUCAUGGCCAUCUGCUCCAUCGCGAUCGGCCUCUCCCUCGGUCACACCGCCAAGGGCGUCAUGGCCACCCUCUGCCUCUUCCGCUUCUGGCUCGGCUUUGGUGUCGGCGGCGAUUACCUGCUCUCCGCCACCAUCAUGUCGGAGUACGCCUACAAGAAGACCCGCGGAAUCGUCUCCAUCAUCAUCUCCGCCGCCUUCAAGGAGCGCUUCGACUAUCCGGCCUACAGGGACGACCGCACCGGCUCCACCGUCCCGGAGGCCGACUACAUCUGGUGCACAACUCUCAUGCUGGGCGCCCUCCCGGCUGCCUUAACCUACUACUGGCGGAUGAAGAUGCCAGAGACCGCGCGGUACACUGCUCUUGUUGCCAAGAACGCGGAACGGGCGGCCCCCGAAUGUUGA